UACUACCCUACAAAUGUAAAAGAUAACCUUAAAUUUUGUUAUUUUAUAUUUAUGUAUUGAAUUAACUUAAACUCAAAACAUGUUCUCGCACAACAUAAUAAAUUGUACAUGUGAUUAAAAUUGCUGAAAUUAUUUCAAAUGCUUGACAGAUAAUAUAAAUACAUAUGUAUUUUUUGAUUUUUGCCAUAUGUAGUUAUGUACAUUGUUUGUGUUGUGACGAUGAGCCACAUAAGAAGGGUAUUGUCUGUUAUUCACCCCAAGAAAUAUAAAAAUAAUUUAAGUUUAAGAAGUGUCACAUCAACGAGUAAAAUAUAUAAAAAUUUUUACAGUAGUUUGCCGUCUAAAAGUAAAGAUAACUUUGAUAUUGAUUUAAAAAUAAAUGAUAUAUCUUUAAACAAUUACAUUAAUAAACUCGAAAAAGAAUAUAAAGACAUUUGCAAAGAUGAAAAUUACUCUAAAAAUUCGAGGUGGAUGGAAUUGCAUUCAGUAGUACAAAUUUUGAAAGAACGCCAAACAUUUGUGGAAAAUAUUAAUAACUUGAAAGAAUUGUUACAAGAAAGUGAUACUGAAAUUAAAAAAUUAGCUGAAGAAGAGAAACUCCAGUUUGCAGAUAAAAUUAAAGAAAUUGAUGAAAAAUUAGUAGAAACACUUUUGCCAGUUAGUAAGGAAGAUGCCUGUAAUGCUAUAGUUUUAGAAGUUCAAGCGGGAGUUGGUGGACAAGAGGCUAUGUUAUUUGCAAAAGAAAUAUUUGAUAUGUACUGUAAUUAUGCGGAAUAUAAAGGUUGGGAGCUGCAAAUUGCUGACUAUCCUACUACAGACAUUGGUGGCGUGAGGCAUGCAGUAGCUUUAAUUAACGGACCAACUGUUUUUCAACAUUUUAAACAUGAAGCUGGUAUUCAUAGAGUUCAGCGUAUACCUGUUACUGAAAGAACAGGUAGAAUUCACACUAGUACUAUAUCUGUAACUGCUCUCCCUCAACCCACAGACAUACAAGUAAAUAUUAAUCCUAAAGACUUAAAAAUAGAAACAAAAAGGUCCACAGGGGCCGGUGGACAGCAUGUAAAUACCACUGAUAGUGCCGUUCGAAUUACACAUUUACCAAGUGGUAUAUCCGUUGAAUGCCAGGUAGAUAGAUCUCAAAUAAAAAAUAGAAAAAUGGCUAUGGCAAGAUUAAAUGCUCUUUUAUAUCAAAAAGAAUUAGAUAGUCAAAUUGCAGAAACUCUCGCAACAAAGAAGAAUCAAGUAAGGAAUAAGAAUCGAAAUGAAAAAAUCAGGACUUAUAAUUACAAUCAAGAUCGUAUUACUGAUCAUAGGCUUACUGGUUCUAACAUUCAUAAUUUAGAAGUUUUUUUUGAAGGGGGCGAGCCUUUAGAUCAAUUGAUAAAAAAACUAGAGGAACAGGAGAAGAUGGAAAUUUUAUUAAAUAUAAUUAAUAGUGAAUAAAAUUAUUGUAUUCAUUUCCUUUAAUCCCCAAUCAUUAACUUUAAAUUGUAAAAUCUUUAAAAAAAUAUGCAUCGACAAUUGAAUAAUUGAAUGCAAUUUAAAUUAUUUCCAGUGGUUAAUGUUUGUGAUUUGUGGUUCUCAAAAGUAUU